AUGACAAGUCCAUCUUCAAUUAAAGUUUUACUAGUCACAAAGACACGGGGCUACCGACAUGAUUGUAUCCCCAGCACUAUCUCCGCCUUCAAAUCACUUCCCUUCACUGUGACAGCCACAGAAGAUACAACAGAUUUACUCUCACUCUCCAACUAUGAUGUUAUUGCUCUUGGUCAUACCUCGGGGGAUUUUCUAAGUGAAGAAGAGGUCGAAUCACUGGCUGAGUUUGUUCAUAAUGGUGGUGGUGUCGUUGGUAUUCACGCUGCUACAUGCGGUAUGCUCUUGAAUACCAGAUAUACCAAUAUUCUUGGACAAGUCUUCAAUGGACAUCCGCCGCCGGAAUGGAUAACUCUCGAGGUUGAGAGUGCUGACCAUUUCAUUAACAAAUUCGACGCACUUCCCGGGACAGACGCCGCACCAGACUCAGCUCCAACAUGUCCAUUCAACACAGAAUCACUUUCAGCAACCCAAUUCCCAUGGUUUGACGAAGUGUACACUUUCAAAUCUCAUCCUCGCAUCCCCCAUAACGACCGCGAAAUUCUUCUCUCCAUACACCAAACGACCACCGAAAACGAUGAAAGACAGAGCUUUCCGCUAUCGUGGACUCAAAAUGUUGGACAAGGGAGAGUUUAUUACACAGCGCUUGGUCACUUUGACGAAGCAUAUCACAAUUCGUGGUAUAUGGAAACAAUUCGACGGGCAAUUAUUUGGGUUGCCAAGCAGGACCAGUAA